UGGAGCUGCUGCUUUGGUGCGUGGAGCAGUAAGACAUGAGUUCUUAUAGACUACCAGCGUCCCAGUUUAGACUCAACGGCGUGUAGAGUUGCGAAAGUGAAUAAAAGAGACUGAAGCUUUUAAGAAUAUGACCAAAGUGGAUCGACCCGCUGCCUCUCUAAAAUUCACAAUCGACAACAUCUUGAAUCUGAAAACAAGCGAGGGAAACUAUGCUGGCUGUCAAUCAGCCGGACAGCAGAAUGACUCGGACACAGCGAGUGGAAACCACGACUUCAAUCACAGGGAGCACAAAGUCCAGCAGAGGCAGGACCGGGGCAGCAAGCUUAAAGAAUUGGAGUUCAACAAAGACUGCAAGAGAGCAGCAGCAACAGUCAUCAUCAGCCGCGGAGACCCAAAGAGGACUGAGGCGCACUCCAAGAGUGCAGGGGACAGCAGCUGCGACGAUAGCUGCUCCACUACCCCGGCCAAGGAUUCAAACACUGGGGGCUGCCUUGAUAAAAAGAGUAAACUGACAAGAAAAAAGAAAACGCGCACUAUUUUUUCCAAAAGACAGAUUUUCCAGUUGGAGUCUACUUUCGACAUGAAACGCUAUCUAAACAGCGCAGAGCGCGCCUGCCUCGCCAGGUCCCUUCAGAUAACGGAGACGCAGGUGAAGAUAUGGUUCCAGAACCGCAGGAAUAAACUAAAGAGGCUGAUAUCGACCGAAACCGACGGAGCUGUCACUGGUUUUCCCGAGAUAGGAAAGCCCGUGAUCGUGGGUCAGCUUCCGGCAUUGUUCAAAGAGGACAACCUGCUGGGGAGAUGCAUGCUACCAACGCAUCUGCCCGUUGUUUACCCCGGGAGUAGCACGCCUUAUAUCUGUUUCUCAAACGCCAGCAAUAAGCCAUAUUUAGGCCUGAAUGACGGACAUUUAUGAUGGUUUAUUUCCCAACAUACAAAAAACCCCGAGACGUUGGUGAUCUGAUACCAAAAUUCAAGUACGUGUCAUAAUGAUGAACCGCGGGAAAUUAAGCCUUUAUUAUUAUUAUUAUUAUUAUUAUUAUUAUUAUUAUUAUUAUUAUUAUUUUUAUUAUUUUUAUUAUUAUUAUACUAUUACUGCAUCUGUCUACUCUAGCCCUUUCAGCACCCAGAGCCACCAAAGAAUUACAGAUACGUUAGGAUUUUGAAUGCAUUUUCUGUAACACAGUUUUUAAUAAUUUAAAUUGUAUGUAUUUGAUUGAAUAAGAAGUAUUUUAUACCCCUUAUUUCAUGCAUGUCUGUUUUUUAAAUGAUAUUCCACUGUCAGUACUUAAUCCAGUGUCUGUCUUCAGGGCCAAUACACC